AUGCAGUGGAAAUCUAAGAAACUUCAGUCAAAGGACACUACUUUCAAUCCUGACAAUAUCGAUGAUGUCGACUUCAGUAGUGAAGAUCUUGAACAGGAAUUACUUGAUUUAUUGCAUGAUGAUCCAAGCCUUGAGAUUCCCAAUGAACCUUCGUCUUUUGAUCAGAAUGAAAAAAACUGUGAUAAAGAUGACGAAUUGUUACUUGCUGAACUAAUAGAAUCAAUGGAAAGCGGAAAGUCACCUGUAUCGAACAGAGCUAAUAAAAUGGAUGAGCUAAACAUCAACGGAGAUAUUUUUGGCAAUCAUAAUACAAGUACUGGUAGUACUUCCAAGUUGCCCCAUCAAAAACCGGGGUUCGAAGAAAGUAAUUUUGGAUCGUUGUUGAUGAAUCCUUCAAGAAACAGUGGUCUGUCAACGAAUUCAAAGGAUGGAACAAAUUGUGAUGAAGACGACGAAUUGGUACUUGCUGAACUAGUAAAAUCAAUGGAAAGUGGGAAAUCACCUGUAUCGAAUAGAGCUAAUAAGAUGGAUGAAUUAGAGAUCAACGAAGGAGAUAUUUUUGGUGAUCAAAAGAUGAAUACUAGUAGUACAUCCAACAGUGGUUCGAUGACAAAUCCAAAGGCAUCUUCAAACAAUAAUGCUUUGGGAAAUAGUUCAGGAAGUACUUUAAAAUCGACUGCCUCUGAUGCAAAACCUGAUAUUCGUCAAGCUGUAUUGGAUUAUAUCAAUCCAAAGACUUCUAAUUCUGGUUUAGAUUUAUUGAAAAACCGUCAUAAAGAAUACAAAUUAGCUGCUUUGCAAGCUCGUGAUACAGGCCAACUAGGGAAAGCAAGAGAAUUAUUAGAAGCAUCAAAAUGUAUCGGAGAAGCUAUCGUGAAUAUAGAAGCUGGCAAAGAAACAUUCGAUCCAGAAACAGACUUACCUCCGCCGCCAUCGAAGUAUGAAUUCUCUAAUGAAGGGGAUCUAAACAAUGAAAAUGUGAUUCCUCAGCCUGUAAAAUCGACUGUACCAGAUAUUAUGAAAACGUCUAUUGUUUGCACAGAAAAUAUCUUAGCUCGUAUAGCCUACUAUAAAGAAAAAUUAAAGGAAAUAACCAACGAUGACUCAAAGAAACGUCGUUACAAUCGUAUCCUCACACGGUAUGAUGAAGGACUGAGAGCUUGUGAACAUGGAGUUACUUCGUUUGAAUUUGAAGAGUUGGUCCCGCCUCCAGGUUAUCCUCCACUUACUGAUCGUUCUAAAUUAAGUAAAGAUGUAAAACUAACUAACAAUGAUCCAAAAACAACUCCUGCAAAACCUAGCUCUGGACAUCAUCAAAUAAAAGAUAAAACCGAAGCAAUUGUUGAACUGUUAACUAAACGUCAAGAUGAGUUGAAACAAGCCGCUAAAACUGCAAAACAAUCUGGUAAUAUUGAGUUGGCUAAAACCUACAUACGAUCAGUUCUUGGAAUGAAUCAAAUGAUACAAGCUGCUGAAGCUGGCUUGCCAAUAGAUUUAACUCAAUUACCACGGCCACCUACUCUUACUGAUUCUAAUCCAUCUAGACCUAUAUUAAGUGGAUUAAAAUGUGAUCCACCUGUAAAGUAUGCCGUUGCCUUUAAUUCUUUAUCAGGUGAUCAAUUAUUUAAAACAUACUCAGAAAUUCUAUCGGAACAAGAACAACUAAUUAACAAUUUAAUUAAUCAACAUCGUCGUAACGGGGGUGCUAAUGCACAGUCGGUAUUAUCGAAAUUAUCUGACUUACUCAGUGUGAAUACAUGUAUCAAGAAAUUAUUAUCUAAAUACAAUCAACAUGUAUCUUAUUUAACCGCAUAUUUUGAAUAUGCCCAUUUGCCUAAAUGUAAUUUGAAUGCUGAAUUAGCGGAUGAUAUACUUGAAGUUAGUCAUAUUCAAGGUAUAGCUUAUCCACUUCCAUCACAUUAUUCAAAUAUUGAUACUUAUGUUGAAGUUGAAUUCAGUUUAAAUAAUGCUAAUCCACCAAUGAAGUUAUCUACAAAUGUAGUUAAAUCAAAUAGUGAACCAAUAUAUAGUCAAUCAGUUAAAGAAUUUCGUGUAAAUACAAAAAGUCAUUCAUAUAGACGAUUUGUUCAGAAUAAUCGUUGUCUAAAAGCAACAGUAUAUUACAAUCGUGGUAUAUUUCGAAGCUGGGGUGUACUAGGUAUAACUGAAAUCCCUCUUACUGGACUUGUCCAAUCGGCAACAGUAACUCAUGUUGGGGAUUUGAAAGAAGGUCGUAAAGUAGUAGGGGGUCGUCUACAAGUACAGUUAAGACAGCGUGAAUCACUUAGUGGAGAAACUGUUUUUUAUCAACAACAACCUUGGCUUUUGUUAUCUGCACCAAAACAGAUUAAUGAAUCACCUAAACAUACCGAAAUCGAAAACCCGAAAAAUAAUCCUGUUUCAUCAUCUUCUUUGUCUACACCAAAGCAGACUAAUUCACCUAGAUCUAUCAGAAGUGAAAAUACAAGUAGUCCUGUUUCUUCAAUUUCAUCAAAACAAACUAAUUCACCUAGACCUAUCAGAAUCGAACAUGCAAAUAAUAAUCCUGUUUCUUAUUCCCCUUCUGUCUCUAAAAAAGCAACUACUUCUGUUUCACCAUCAUCAUCUCGUAUUGUUAUCAUAAGAGACACAGAUCAUUCUUAA